ACAGCCAAUCCGCGGGCAGCUCUAAUGUCGCGUGACUAGGAAACGGGUCCCGCCCCUUAGACCCGUCAAAACAAUUGCCUCGAGCGGCAGCCAUCAUGGAUUUAAAGGGGCAGUACCGGCAAGAGCGGCAGACAGACCGGUAGAUUGCAGACCAGGCAAGGAUCCCUGGCCAGGAUGUCAGGCCUGGUGUUGGGGCAGCGAGAUGAGCCUAUGGGGCACCGGCUCAGCCAAGAGGAGAUCCUGGGCAGCACACGGCUGGUGAGCCAAGGGCUAGAGGCCCUACACAGUGAACACCAGGCUGUGCUGCAAAGCCUGUCCCAGACCAUUGAGUGUCUGCAGGGAGACCAUGAGGAAGGGCUGGUGCAUGAGAAAGCCCGGCAGCUUCGCCGUUCUAUGGAAAACAUUGAGCUCGGGCUGAGUGAGGCCCAGGUGAUGCUGGCUCUAGCUAGCCAUCUGACCACAGUGGAGUCGGAGAAACAGAAGCUGCGGGCUCAGGUGCGGCGGCUGUGCCAGGAGAACCAGUGGCUGCGGGAUGAGCUGGCUGGCACCCAGCAGCGGCUACAGCGCAGUGAACAGGCUGUGGCUCAGCUGGAGGAGGAAAAGAAGCACCUGGAGUUUCUGGGGCAGCUGCGGCAGUAUGAUGAGGAUGGACACACCACGGAGGAGAAAGAAGGUGAUGCCACCAAGGAUUCCCUGGAUGACCUCUUCCCUAAUGAGGAGGAAGAGGACCCCAGCAAUGGCUUGUCCCGUGGUCAAGGUGCUGCAGCAGCCCAGCAGGGUGGAUAUGAGAUCCCAGCAAGACUGCGGACGUUGCACAACCUGGUGAUCCAGUAUGCAGCCCAGGGUCGCUAUGAGGUGGCUGUGCCACUCUGUAAGCAGGCACUAGAAGACCUGGAGCGCACAUCAGGCCGGGGCCACCCUGAUGUCGCCACUAUGCUCAACAUCCUUGCUUUAGUGUAUCGGGACCAGAAUAAGUAUAAGGAAGCUGCCCACCUGCUGAAUGAUGCCCUCAGCAUCCGGGAGAGCACCCUGGGCCCGGACCAUCCUGCUGUGGCUGCCACGCUCAACAAUUUGGCUGUGCUCUAUGGCAAAAGGGGCAAAUACAAGGAGGCGGAGCCUCUGUGCCAGCGGGCACUGGAGAUUCGAGAAAAGGUCCUGGGCACUAAUCACCCAGAUGUGGCAAAGCAGCUGAACAACCUGGCCCUCUUGUGCCAAAACCAGGGCAAGUAUGAGGCUGUGGAACGCCACUACCAGCGAGCACUGGCCAUCUAUGAGGGGCAGCUGGGGCCAGACAACCCUAAUGUAGCCCGGACCAAGAACAACCUGGCUUCCUGUUACCUGAAACAGGGCAAAUAUGCUGAGGCUGAGACCCUAUACAAAGAGAUCCUGACCCGUGCCCAUGUGCAGGAGUUUGGGUCUGUGGAUGAUGACCACAAGCCCAUCUGGAUGCAUGCAGAGGAGCGGGAGGAAAUGAGCAAAAGCCGGCACCAUGAGGGUGGCACACCCUAUGCUGAGUAUGGAGGCUGGUACAAGGCCUGCAAAGUGAGCAGCCCCACAGUGAACACUACUCUGAGAAACCUGGGAGCUCUGUAUAGGCGCCAGGGAAAGCUAGAGGCUGCUGAGACCCUGGAGGAAUGUGCUCUGCGGUCCCGGAAACAGGGCACUGACCCUAUCAGCCAGACCAAGGUGGCAGAGCUGCUUGGAGAGAGUGAGGGUAGAAGGUCCUCCCAGGAGGGCCCUGGGGACACUGUGAAAUACGAGGGAGGUGAAGAUGCUUCUGUGGCUGUGGAGUGGUCGGGGGAUGGCAGUGGGACCCUGCAGAGGAGUGGCUCUCUGGGCAAGAUCCGGGAUGUGCUCCGCAGAAGCAGUGAACUCCUAGUGAGGAAGCUCCAGGGGACUGAGCCUCGGCCCUCCAGCAGCAACAUGAAGCGAGCAGCCUCCCUGAACUAUCUGAACCAACCUAGAGCAGCACCCCUCCAGGUCUCCCGGGGCCUCAGUGCCAGCACGAUGGACCUCUCUUCAAGCAGUUGACAUUCAGCUCGGCCCCCAGGUCUGCUGGGUCCCUGCCCACAGCCCUCACAGCAUUCCCCAUUGCUCCUGGCUCUUCCCCACCCCUAGGUGGGACAGUGAAGGGGAGCAGUUUAACCAGAAGAUUGCUGCUGCCCUUAGGGUCUCAGCUCCCUCCUCAGGAAUCCCUCUUAGGAAGGACCCUCAGGACACCCUCUCCCCACUCUGUGGUCCUCUAGAGUAGCUAGCUCUGAGGCCCCCAAGGUGGGUACAAAGCAGGUAUGGCCCUCAGAGAUGCAGCCUGCUGCUGGCUUUUCAGUCAGAGGGUUGGGGGCUGGCCAGCCAAGCCGCCUUGCCCUGGCCACUCUUAUCCCCUCCCUCUGCUGUCUCACUUCAGGUCCACGUAUUUCACUUUUCUUAAAUAAAACAAUCAGGUAACCUUUCUGCAA